AUGGCCAAUCACUCUGCCCGAGAUGUUCGGUGCGGGCAUUCUUCACACUCAUUUUACGGGACGGCAGAAGCAGAGGAAAGAGGCGCCUAUGGCAAUGGAGGGGCAUCAGGAAUGGCGCAUCGAAGACAAGCGGGCAGUGGGUGGACAAGGGAAACGCCCGAGGGAUUUGACCUAGAAGAGGACUGUUUGUACUUGGAACAAGAAUACGGGUCUGGACUACUUGGAAGUUUAUUUGAGCUCGGUAUAGGUCCGGAAAGUGCGAGGGAGGAACUAUUGGCUGUGCUUAAUCAGACUACAGCAACAUUUGAACCGGAUGCGGAACCGUGGCAGUUGGUGCUACCUUCUCACUGCAACUGUCUAGAAGCCGCCAGUAUAGAAGGAAUAUGUGAAUAUGGGCAUGCCACUGGACUGCGCUGCCUCCGCGAGUCCGUAGUGCUGAAAAUGCUCCGGCUGUUUUCGCUUUUUGAAACGCUCAACUAG